AAAACAACAACUUUUGAGGCUUCGAACAGCACAUGUGAGCUUGGUACGGUGCACGGUGCCGUCAAAAUCCUUGGUGCCGCGCCACGUCAUCGGUUAGCGCAGCCCCCGGGCCGGCCGUGCGUGAAGUGUGACUCACAUGUGAGCGUUGAAACAGGUUUCAGAACUGACCAUCUACUUGCAAGCAUGGCUUCUGACAGUGCCAAACAAACGCCUUCAGGCAUGGGUCCUAGUGGUAUGGGGCCUGGGGGUAUAGGCCCUGGGGGUAUGGCACCAGAAAAGAUGAGGCAAGUUAUGACGGAGAGAUACGAGUACAAAGGCACUUGGUUUCUAAAGUUCAUGGUACCCCGCACGAACCUAGAAGCGAUGGAAACAUUUCAAGUACGAGAUGAUGACAUCUUCAUCAUUACCUAUCCCAAGUGUGGUACCCAUUGGACAAUGGAGAUAGUCUACUUGAUACUCGCCAAUGGUUAUCCUGACAAGAUUGACCGAAAUGAAAAGAUGAAAUUUGGCGCAUUAGAGAUGUUUAUACCGACUCCCAACAAUCCUUUGCCAGCUUACAAGUUUGUGGAAACCAUCACUUCAAGACGCGUUCUCCCAACUCAUCUACCGAUAAACGUUGUCCCUUCAGCAGUGCUCCAGGGAAAGGGCAAGGUGGUCUAUGUUACCAGAAACCCCAAAGAUGGCCUGACAUCCAUGUUCAGCUUCAUGGCCAAAAACGCUGGGAUGAAGGACAAAUGGAAUGAGGUGUUUGAGCAGUACAUUUCAAAAGACAUGUUGAAUGGCAAUUUCUUUGACUUCUCUUUGGCAUACUGGAAACAUCGUCAUGAUGACAACUUCCUCUUUUUGAAGUACGAGGAUAUGAAGAGGGAUCCCAGAUCUGCAGUCAUAAUGAUAGCUGAUCACAUUGGCUGUGUGCUAUCAGAUGAAGCUAUAGAUCGUGUUGUGGCAAACAGCAGCAUGGACCAGAUGAAGAAAUCCUACCAGAAGGCCGAUGAACAGAAUGUGAUGCCCGCUUUCGACGGUCAGGGCAAAGAAAAUCUUGGGAAAUUUCUUCGAAAAGGCACAGUUGGAGACUGGAAAAAUCACUUUACUGUGGCCCAGAAUGAGAAAUUUGACGAGUACUGCAGAGAGAAAAUGGCUGGCUCAGGUCUCACAUUCCAGUUUGAAUAAAUUAUCUAUUCAAGACCAAAAAUAUCUAGACUAGAUGCAUUCAAGUCCCAAUCUUACAAUAAUGGGAAAUGUACACAAUGCGUUACAUCGUUUUUGGACACCUACAAGAAUGUACUUCAUUAAACAACAGAUUUGGUUAAAAAAAAAAAUUAAAACUCUGUUCAACUUUAGCAUUUAAUUUGGUAAUAAAGAAAAUAAGUGCAUAAUUAUUUGCUCUUGGGUUUCCCCAAAACUCCUGCACAUUGGGUGUUCAACAUUUGGAUUUCAAUUUUUAUUGCAUUCGUCUGAAUGUUAUUCUGCACUAAAGCGAAUUUUAGAAUUUUAUCAAUCUUUAAGCUUAGUGGAAAGUAUCUGCUGUAGAAAUUGUUCAUUGGAAUGUAUUCAUAGAAAUCUAUAUAAGAAAACCUUUCAUUGGAUGUAUUGCGAAUUUGCGAUAAAUAUAUAGAAUACAAUAUUAAAGUGAAUGUAUUUUUUAAAUUAAGGUGGUUGAACCUAACUGUCAUUGAUAAAUUUUUUUAUCAUUUUUAAAUUUGUGAAUUACAUACAGUUAAAUUGAGAUAUGCUAAAGUAAGAUUUCAUUGUUUAACCAUCAUAAAUCUUAAUAAAUAAUUCAUUAUUAUGCUGUAGAUUUUUUUUAUCAGAAUCUUUUCUUUUUUUUAUACCACAAAGUGUGAUUUUUAGAAUUUUAGAAUUCUCUAUUUCUUCUCAGGUAAGCUUAUUCUCAGGAAUAAGUAAAGGUAUCAAGUGGGAGUAGUCACGCACCACAAUAGCCUGACAUCUUUGUUGUGCAAAAUUAUGCAAAAGAACUUUUGCUAUCAUCUUCAAUAUUGUUUUAACUUUUCUUUAUAUCUCCCGAGAGAAGUGUCUAGCUAGGCCUGUUUUCAGAGUUAGUCUCAGAGUUGCUUUUGCUAUUCCCAUCUAGACUCUUGAAUGAUAGUUUUGGAUGUUUUUUAAUGGUAUACAAAAUAUUAAGAACAAUUGGAUUUUAAAUAACGGUGAUUGCUAAUUUGCAUGUGGUGCCCGGGUGACACCGUGGGAAUAUGAGUUUAGAUGGAUUGAAGAUGAAAUUGUGAUUUUGUGCAAUUUCAAUAAAUGAUGUACACUUCCAUGACCUA